AUGUCUGUGUUUAUGGUGUUGCUGGUCAUUGCCGGCGUCGUGGCCGGAGUUCUCACUUCUUCGCACCCGCUGCCCAAGUCAGCUAUUGUUGACCUUGGGUACGCGCGCUAUCAAGGGAGCUCAUUAUACAAUGACGUGGAUCAGUAUCUGGGCAUGCGAUUUGCGAAGCCACCCCUAGAUGACCUUCGUUUUAGAGCUCCAGAAGACCCGGAACACUCUUCUGAUGUUCAAGAUGCAUCCGAAACUGGCCCCAUUUGCGUCGGAGUAGGACAGUCGGUCAGUGAUUCAAAAUCCGAGGACUGCUUGUUCAUCAACGUCUUCAAACCUAAGCAUGCGUCGUCAAAUUCAAGUCUGCCCGUGUGGUUCUUCAUUCAAGGAGGCGGGUAUGGAGACGAUGCCAACGCCAAUUUCAACGGCAGUGAGGUUGUGGAAAACUCUGGACAGGAUAUCGUCUUCGUGAACUUCAAUUAUCGCGUCGGCGUCCUCGGAUUUCUUGCUAGUGAAGAGGUCCGCCAGAAUGGCGAUCUCAACGCCGGCCUGCUUGACCAGCGGAAGGCGCUUCUCUGGGUGCAGAAGUAUAUUCACAUAUUUGGUGGAAACCCCGAUCAUGUGGUUAUUCAUGGUGAUUCCGCCGGUGCUGGUUCAGUCGCGCUUCAUCUAGCUGCCUACGGUGGUGAGAACAAGAAUCUGUUCGUUGGCGCAGUGGCCGAAUCCACCUUCUGGCCAACACAGCGAACGGUCGCAGAUAUGGAAUUUCAGUAUGAGCGCCUUGCGAAGCAGCUCGACUGUGAUGAUUCAGAUAAUGUUCUUUCUUGUCUUCGAUCGGUCGAUAUCGACAGCAUUCAGAAAUACGACGUCGCAUCGCCAUUUCCUAACGGAAGCGAUACCCCGGCACCACUAUGGUAUUUCCUGCCCGUGUACGAUGGCGGUCUUGUCAGUGAUCUCUUGUAUAGCUCUUUUGAGCAGGACAAGAUCAUCCAUGUUCCACUUAUCGUUACGGAUGAUACCAACGAAGGAACGGACUUUGCGUACAAUGCGACCAGUGCAGACGAAGUAUCGCAGUUCAUAAAGAACAAUUACCCAAAACUCAACGACACUCAACUAAAAGCAAUCAAUAAGGCUUACCCAUUGAUGGAUCCUCUUCCCAAGCAUGCGGCAUAUUUCCCCUCUGCUGCUGCGGCAUAUGGCGAGUCGACCUUCACCUGCCCCGGGAAUAUGAUGACAGCUAGCAUGUCAAAGUAUUUCUCCUCCGAAAAGGUCUGGAACUAUCGUUUCAAUGUGCGAGAUAAGACGGAGAUCAGCCAAGGCAAAGGUGUUCCUCAUGUCCUCGAUCUACCUGCCAUCUUCGGCCUGGGACAAACCAGUGCGCCUUCUUUAUCUUUCGCAAACACCAACUCGAAGAUCGUCCCCAUCACCAUGGACUACUACCUCAGCUUUAUCAAGACGCUGAACCCAAACACCCUGAGAAACCAAGAUGCGCCCGAGUGGGAAAAUUGGGGGAACGGUACCGGACAAAGGUUAAAGCUCCAGACCAACAAAACUGAGAUGGAAAUGGUUCCUAAGUCGCAGAUCGAAAGAUGCGCGAUGUGGAAGAAUUUCUCGGAUAUUCUGGAGCACUAG